AUGCAGGCCAUAGGAGCACCGUUGACGGGUACGUUUUUCGGUGAGACGAGCAACGUGGUUCCGGUGUCCGGUGACAACCAUGAGCUGUACCUGAAGAUCGGCGGCCUGCUGGGCCAGGACGUGCUCUAUUCCAGCACCGUGGUCUCUUGUCAGCGUGGCGAUGGUUCAGGCGUUACGAUGACGGUGGAGGGCGCAGGUGGAGCCAGGAAGCGGAUCAAAGCCCAGCGGCUUCUGCUUGCCAUCGAGCCAAGUGCCGAGAACAUGAGGCCCUUUGAUCUAGACGCGAGCGAGUCCGCCGUCUUCUCCAAGUUCCAAAGCUCGGUGGUCUACGUCGGGGCGGUAAGGCAUCCGUCGCUAGUUGUAAACCAGUCCCUGACCAACAUGCCCACCGCUGCGGAACCGUCAAACUGGACGGCACUUCCCCUACCGCCUUUCAACGCUCGGUUCGACGAUUUCGGCCAGGGAAGUAACCUUUUCCGCAUCAUCGUUCACACCGACGCUGGCCUGGACGCUGACGGAGCACAAGGUCUCGUGCUUGACGGGUUUGGUAAGAUGGUAGAAAGCGGAGUCCUGGCCGCCACCGACGAGGCCGUCCAAUUUGCGAGGCUCGAGGACCAUGGCCCAACGCACAUGCGUGUCGACGCCGAUGAGAUCCAGGCCGGAUUUGUCCAGGCCCAGUACGCCCUGCAAGGCCAUCGUGCAACUUGGUGGACGGGGGCGGCGUUUUCGGCCCAGUUUACGACCAUACUCUGGGCCUUUAACGACUUGCUGCUCCCGAAAAUGGUUGAGGGUAUGGCGACCGACCAAGGGCAUCUGUUCGGAGCCUAG